AUGAAACCUGACCCUGGACCACAGGUAUCACACUUAUACUCAAUCUCUUCUCGUGCCAAUGCAUGCUCUAUCAUUUUUUGAAUCGAUUCACCAGCUCUCACUGUCACGGUGAGAUCAAUAGCAUCGUUGGUCAUUUCACUAGCACGCGCACAUCGUUCACAGCCAUAUCUGUCCCUAAUUUUAUGCUGGAAAACACCAGCAGGGUUCCUAUUUAGUGACCGUGACUUUGAACACCCAGCCACAGAAGUUGCAUCAUCAUCAGCUGCAGAAUGGCUAAACUUCUUCCGACGCAGGGCCUCUUUUUCAAGUAUUUCCAAGGUCUUGGCCAGGAAUUCAUGGGCAUCCUGUUGAACAUUCGAACCGAAAUCCGGGUCCGAACCAAGUUCUUUCCCAGCCGCCGUUCUCAGUGCUUCAAGAACCGAGAUCUUUGUAGCAGAUCCGUAUUUGUUAUCCAAAAUUCGGUCUGGAGAAACAAGAUUCUGCAGCACAUCGUUGAAUCGCUUCACAAACUCGGAACAUUCAUAUCCCUCCUCCUGGCGCUGGUGUAUCACCUGCAUGCGGUAGUAGAACGGAAAGACUGACGCAAGUGCUUGCAGUGUAGCGUUCAUAUAACAAGAAUUUGUCAGAUUCUCCAGUCCUCUAUAGGAGUAUGGAGAAGGUUCAGAUGUAGAAGGAGGCAUGGACAUAGUGAGCGAAGGAGAGCUCUCAGAAGCGUCGACUUCCUUUCUCUUACGACUUGGUGUCAAUGCAUCUCUGCUAAUGUGCUGCGAACUAUUUAGAGAACCUUUGUUACUCGAAGCAGGGCUCAGAAGACAUCGAGAAGAAGAAAUCGAGUCCGCCAAGAGCCGUGGUCGAGGACUGAUGAUGUCACCUGGGCGUCGCGGUGGACCAGGUCUGCUAAUCGAAGGUGUUUUCGGAGUCAUCGAAGGUGUUUUCGGAGUGCCAUAAAAUGAUGUUGAACCGAGGCCGCUGAAUCCUUUUACGAAAUCAUCAUCUUCGCCCUGAUCGUGACUGAAAUCGUAGGCUAUCUUUCGCGCUCAGCGAUGAAGAAGAAGAAUCAUUGUAGUUACUUCUUUUUGUCUUGAAGGCAACGGUGUGUGGGCGAGGAGUGAACGGCGCUGUCACUUUGAUAGCACAGCUUUCCAAUGAUUUCUUCUCCAUAAGCGCUAUCACACUUCCUUGAGUACCCAGUUCAGAGUUAUUCGUCUUCUUGGCAGCUUCUUUAGGAGAGAGAACCUGCUCUUUGGUAACGGAGCUUCUUGAGCUUUCCAAAGCAUCGUACUUUAGCGUUUUUUGAUGAACUGGCUUCGAAAUUUCCCCAGCUCCAUUCUUGGCAAGUGCUGUGGAGGUGCUUGGCUCUUCGAUGACAUCAUUUUGCACAAUCUCAGUCCUGUUAGCUAACAGAGUGGCUGAUCCUGAGCAGUUGAUCUUCACACGACUGUCAAUAUGGUUAGAUUGCUGGCUUUUCUGACUGGUUCGGCUUCGUGGCUUAGAGAUGGGAAUGCCACCUGGCUUCUUACUCUCGCUUUGCUGUGGUUUCUCAGUAGUAAGAGACGGUGGUCGCCCAACGAUGUCUGGUCGACUACGUUUGAUACUUUCUGGAUGGCUACGCAGCAUGCCUACUGGAGAUGUUACUUUAGGCGGUACUUCACGAUCCGGACUUGCUCCUUUCGGGAAUAUUUUCGCUAAUUCAUCAUAAACAUCUCUCAUUUUUUGAGAAAACUCCGCUACACGAAAAACUAGCUUUCGCUUCCUUCUAUGAUGCUUUGCUGGUAAUUGUUUCGACACAUUGAAUUCAAGAGCGAAUAAUUUGGCUGUAGUUCUACUCGGUGGCUUACCCAACCGGUUGAAUUCAUUCGCAUAGAAUUUGUGCUCUUCCCCUCCAGCAGAUAUAAUUUUGAAGGAGUUAUCGCUUGUAUCUACGAAUAGAGAUCCACUGAAAUUUUUAACAGAUGUCGUGUCGUAGUGUUCUAAUGUGCACCUCACCCAUAGUAAGUCCAUUCUGAAACAAAAGUAGCUGGAUCACCAUGGAGACAAGGAACAGGGUAAACAUAUGCAGGUUUUCUCAAUUUUUGGCGCCGCUAACACAUUGCCUGACCCGCUUUUCCCAUUCUGUUGUAUCCGAGGACUAUAAGCAAAGUCGGAGAAAAACUCAUCGUCAUAUGGUAGUGAGCUUUUCAUGCUAAGCGUGUCCGGUUCGAUCUCAAUGACUUCGGAUUUGACAUUCUCAUCACGUGACUGCCCAGCCAUAGGCUCCUCAUCCAUCGAGUCGUUCGUUUCACUACUGCAUCCACUGUGUAUCGGACACGAUAUUCUCAACUCGUGCCUCUUCUUUUUGUAGUUGUCCAGCCAAGCACAACUUGCUGCCAGGAGCGCCAAUGUUUUUCCACUUCCUGUAGGGCUUUCAGCUAAGAAGUUGAGCCUCUUCGCGAUUGAUGAUAUCAUGCGCACCAUCAUGAGCUUUUGAGAUGGAUACGGUUUUAAUCCAACAGGUAAACGCACUUCUAUACCACACAUCGGCAUGCUAUCGUAAUGUGAGUUGUCGACGAAUACUUUCUCACGUUUUCGUUUCCUAGGUUUAAAUAUUGUAGCUAUGUUAGCCGAACGCGAUGCUGUGACACCGUAAGCUUCGAAAUCUUCAUCGGUGUUACUUUCAAUCCAAGGAUCUCCUCAAAAUGUGGAUAUUGA